AUGGCCUUUCCGGGCUGGCGCUGGUCUUCGGACCAGCUGCCAAGCGAGGACCAACCGCCCGCACCCGCACGCGACUGGCAUGCGGAUCUUGAUGCCCUCAGUGUCAGCGACGAGGGCGCAUCGAGAGCAGCAUCUCCUGCUCCAUGCGACGACGCGGCUGUGGCUCUGGAAUCGGCGACCGAGGCGAGCGCGGGAUGGGAGUGGCAGUGGCCCGGCGACAUCCUCCUCGCAGUGCUCGCGCACCACUCCGCCGCCGACCUCUGCGUCGCCCGCGCCGUUGGCCGCGAGUGGCACAGCGCCGCCUCGAGCGACGCGCUGUGGCACGCGCUGCGCGCGGCGGACCCGCGCUUCUCCGGCCGACCACCUCGCCGGCCGUGCGGCGCUGGGUCGCUCUCUCCGCCGCCGCCACGGUAUCUCGCCUUCUGGCAGUACGCGUGGGGCGUCCGCUCGCUCCCCCUCCGGCGGUGGCUCGACCUGCAAAAGGGGUGGGACCGGCUCGAGCUGCUGCUGCAGCCGGCUUGUGGGGAGAGGCGGCCCGAGGCUCCCGACGGCCGCGGGGGGCAAGCGCGCAAGCUCGCGGGCAUCCGACUGGUCUAUCGCUGCCUGCAGCUGCUGCAGCUCGAGUGCGCAGAGACGCUCGGGGCAACCAUCCAUCCGGAGGCGGCUGCAGACGAGGCGCUGCUGGGCCGACUGCUCGCUGGCUUCCAAACCUACUCGCGCUGGCUGGCCGAGGUCGCGGGCAGCACCGGCGCCCUCACGCGCCGCGUGGCAGCGCAGCGAGGCUCGGAGCUGCCGGACGUGCAGCACACGCCAACUCUCUCCGCCGCCGGCCUCGCCGCCUUCCGCUCGGCGGUGGUGCUGCACCCCGCCAUAGAGGCCCCGCUCGCGCGCCACAUCUCGCGCUGCUCCGCGCACGGCGGGUGGACGGCCGAGUCGGGCCGGCUGAUGCAGCAGCUGAUCGACCUCGACGGCGCCCUGUCGCGGCUCGACGUGCGGGACGACCACCUCUCCGAGGAGCGCGGCCUCACCUUCUCGCAGGGGCGGCUGCGCGACGCGCUGCUGCGCCCGCUCCGCCGCUGCUUCCGCGAGCACGCUAGUCAAUGGUUCUGCGGCACGCGCAUCCCGCCGCAGGACCGCGGGUUGUACAUUGGCCACAAGCGGCGGCGCGGCCUCAUCGCCGAAUUCGAAGACCCGUCGAAUGUCCAGCGCCUUAGACCGACAUUCUGCUACAAGAUUCUUGAGGCGGAAGGGCACUCGUCGCUCUCGCCCAAUGGCCGCCGCAUUGCUCUGAGCGUGGCUGGUGCGCGCACUGCGGCGUGCGUGCCGGCCACGAGGGCCGCCAUGACCGCGUCCGGAUCGGUGGCGACCGCCGCGCCCGCGGGAGCGAGCGCGAUCGACCUCGACGCCGCCGAGGCUCAGCUUGCGAGGCGUCGCAGCGGGCACUGCCCGCCGCGCCUGCAGCAGAAGGAGCGCCGCGCUUGCUCGCGCUUGCUCGCGCGCGGCGACGACCGGCACCAUGGCGCUCGCUCGACGGCGACGGCACGCGCGGCGCGGCGUACCCGCGCGUCCGGGCGGCGGGCUCGGUGGCGUAUGUGA